AUGGAGGAAGGAUCAAUUAGCACUUCACCUCCUCCCUCUUUUCACUCCUCUCCUUCUCAUUCUGCAAUCGAUGUGGAUAACGGUGGUUCUCCGUCUACCUCCGGUUCCGGAACGGCGGAAGUACCCUCCGGGGCGGCGUCACAGACUUCGACGAGGGAAUCUUCUCCUUCUUCGUCCUCGCAAGUUCAGGAGGAAGAUGAGGAUCCUGGCGAGCAGGAAUCGCACCGUUUUCCGGAGCCGGAGAUAGGGCACCAUCAGGAUGAGGUUGGAGUCUCUAAUCCAGGGAGGAAUUCGCCGCAAACCAAUGGCCUUCCGUCGCUCGGAGAUGAUACUUGGUCCUGUGUCACCGUCGUCCUCACCUUCUGGUGCUUCAUUUCCAUGACUUUGAUUUUUGGAGUAUAUGGCCCUGAGAGACUGAAGUUAGGACCUAAUUGCUCGCUUCUCAUUGAACCUAAUCCCUUAUUCGUACAGGCUGUAAAGGUAGAAGAGUUGAAUGAUUCUAGUCCUGGUCUGAUGCUGUAUGGAUUUUAUGAAUCUCCCCCACUCGAUGUUGUAGAAACGUGGUCAGACUCUCACAGUGGAAUUGUUCCUUCUAAUUCUCACGAGGAGUGGGUUUAUCACCUGAACGAGGGUUCCGAGAUCAAUAUCUCAUAUACUGUGAAUUCCUCAAGCUCUGCUGUCUUCCUUGUCAUUGCCCAAGGAGAAGAAGACUUCAACCAGUGGCUGGAGGAGCCAGCAUAUCCUAAUGUUACUUUGUCGUGGCAGGUUAUCCAUGGAAGUGGUGCUAUCUACCAGAGAAUAAACAGAUCUUCACUCUACUAUGUUGGUGUUGGCAACCUGAACUCUUGCAAAGUGCAGGUCCACUUAAAAAUAACAAUAAGAGCUCUGCUGUACGACACAAGUGGAGCUUAUUACAAGUGUGCAUUCCCUGGUGGCCUGUGUAGUUUAACGGUGUUGUUCCUCGCCAAAAAUCCUGUACUUUUAACUUCUCCUAGUACUGAACAGGUAGCGCUUGGAAAAGAGUGGUACGUCAAGUUGUCCUAUGAACCAAGAUGGGCAAUAUAUAUACUCGGUAUUGCUGGAAUGUCAGCACUCAUGUUGGUGGGCUUAAACGUCUUAAACAAGUUUCGGUCCAUGAACGGAGAAAGAAGUGGAGGUGGGGGGUUAGAACCCGGUAGAGCCCCCCUACUUUCAAACAAAGAUGACGAUCUCUCAAGUUGGGGCUCAUCUUAUGAAUCAGUGUCAAGUGAAGAAAACGAUCUUGGAGAGCUUAUGGCAGGAGGUUCUGCAGAAGGGGGGAAAUCAUCGAGAGAUGGUGAAAAUAGCAGCUACACAAGGCGGCUGUGCGCCAUCUGUUUCGAUGCUCCAAGAGAUUGCUUUUUCCUGCCUUGCGGUCAUUGUGUUGCUUGUUUUGCUUGCGGAACAAGGAUUGCUGAGGCGUCAGGCAGCUGCCCUAUUUGCCGUCGGCAGAUGAAGAAGGUGAGGAAGAUCUAUACAGUUUAA